UGACCUGGCUUCCGGUGUGACUAGCGGAAAUGCGACGCCACUCAGGGGUUCUAUGGAGUCUAUGCCGCUGGACUAUGGCAAGAUCAGGGAAUAUUGUAAAGAAGGAGGACAUAUGUCUCGCUUCCUGUCAUGCGUAGAUGACCUGGUUCAGCAGUGUGAAAACGAACAGAAGGGAGACGUUCUGUUACAGUUCAUCAACCCGGACAGAGUGCGGACCAGCGUUCCAAAUCUAUGCAACAAUGUCGAUGUUCUAGAGGCCUCGGCGCCGUGCUUGAAAACCCAGAUGCAGCAACAGUCGACCUGUAAAGAGAAAGCUCACGAGAUGGUAAACAGAGGUAUGGUGGAGACUCCGGGCAACGCUACAGCCAUGUUCAUCGUCCAGUGCAGAUUUUUUAAUAUCCUAGCGGAAUGCCAAAGAAAAUCAGUAGCUGAAAACUGCGGCUCCAACUUAGGCGAUCUCCACGCUGACUUCCUCCUGUCCUUUGUGCCGGACACCUGUUCGGCCAAAAACAUCCAAAAACCGAAAAUAAUUGCGCCUCCCCACAAACCGAUGACAUCCACGCCUUCCCCGGACCCAACACCGAGACCACGUGAACAAGAAUGGCCCAGUGCUGAAGGACGUCCUCAAAACCUUACCCCCGGAUGUACUGGACGUCCAGAGUAACAAAAUGAGUGCUAGGUCUUUGAAGAACGAGACUACUUCCGGUUCCGAUGUAGCGGUACUGGGCGUAGCUUUGUCGCUGACGGUUGUUGUUAAUAUAAUUUUAUCUACCGGAGCAAUACUGUAGAUGUGGAUAAAUGUAAGAUGUUACUAAUAUUUCUCUAAAAAACAAACAAAAGUCAGAACUGAUUUAAAUCUGGGAUAUUUACUUUUAUUCCAGAUUUAUUGCUUAAUGGUGUCUUAUUCAGAACCCAGAACAUUCUUGGUUUGUAUAUGUGUGUGUGCGUGUGCGUCCGUGUGUAUCUGUCAGUGUGUGUGUGCGUCCGUCCGUGGAGGUGUACGUCAGUGUAUGAGCACACGUGCGUGUGCGUGCGUGUGUGCGUGCGCACGUGUGCGUGCGUGCGUGCGUGUGUGUGUGUGUGUGUGUGUGUAAAUAUCCUGUAUUUUAGCCCUGGUGAAUUUGUUCGGUUAAGUACGGUCCUAUUUAUAUUAUAUCUUACCGCUUUAUGUUUGAAUGGACACCUUAUCAUAAAAUUAAAGAAUUCGUUUGAAUAAAUAAAUAAAUAAAUGAACAAAUGAACGAAUUAAUGAAAAUAGUGGUUUUGGUAAACGAACUAAAGGACGAAAUGAAUACCAGACAUUCAAAAUUAAUACACCGAUGGUAACUAUUCUGACUACGGUAUCAUUGGUGUAUCAAUAUGAAAUUAGUCAAAAACAAUGAACGCAAGAAACCGUGGUCAAUAAUUGUC